AUGCCGCGAUUCACACCAGAUCCGUCCACGCGCUAUCGUCGGCCGGCGAAGGCUGCGUCCAAGUCCAAGUCCAAGACGAAGAAAAAGAAGAUGGAUGCUCCUCGUCCUGGCUCCUCAUCCAAGGACAAGUCCAGGCAGCCCCUACCCAAGGAGGUCAACGCGCCUCACCAGCCCACACACUCGUCCAAAGGCAAGCAAAAGGAGGUCCAUUCCGAUGGCACUCGCUCCUCCUCAUCCCAACACCUCCAAGCGAGAGCGCAAGUACCCGACGCUGCGUCUGUACCGCCAUUGUUCGCCUCGAGCUUCUCCUCGUCGGUCUCGGCUGUGCCCUCUCCCACCGCAACCACGACCGCAGUCUCCAAUCCCAUCGCCGACAUCCGUCACAACACUCCCCUUCAGAUCUGCAUCGUCAUCGGCGCCGUCGUCAUCACAGCAACGCUCUCCGUCGGCCUCGCCUGGAUUCUCCGCAUGGUGUGCUGCUCAUCCGAGCGAAAGGCAAGGCGACGCCGGAAACUCGACCGCUCCACCUGGAGCCCCUCGGCCCUCGCCUCGGCCAAGGCGGAUGCCGAAAAGUCGGGCGAACGCCUCUCAUUCGACAGCGUCACCGUCACAGGCGACGACCAAGAUCUAGAGCGCAAGGACGCCAAGAUCGACGCCCUCUUCGCCGACGCCACCAACGACGGCCAUCUCGGCGAAUCGAUGCCCGUGCUCGCCUACACCGACGCCCUAGCCAACAAGCCCGACGCCCUAGCCAACAAGCCCGACGCUCCCAAGAGCACAUGGAACGGCAAAGGAUGGACCCUCUUCGAUCCCCCCGUCGACAGCGUCCAGCCGCCCCCGCCAGCAGCUGUCAACCCUACCAGCCAAGCCGCUGGCGGCGGCAACUAUGGCGCCGCCAGACAGGAGUUCGCCGACUGCGACGUUGGCGGAUUCACCUGGCCCGCCUCCGUCAACCGACAGCCCAGCUUCAUCGAGAGACUCGUCCAGAGACACCACCAAUCCUCCGAGCUUCCCACCGCCGCGCCUCUCCCUUACCCCUUCCAGCCAAAGCCGCCGCAGCCAGCCUCGCGCAUGGCGAGCUUGGGUGGAGCUGCCAAUCGUGCCGUCAUGAACAUGCUUCCCGUCACGCUCCGAAACGCAGCCACCACCGCCUCCAGGCAGAGGGCUACGCGCAAGCGCUACAACGACAUGCAGCCCUACCUCGACAGCGACUUUGAAGGCACCAUCGGCGGCAAGGACCGCGAGCUGCCCAUGGCACGCCGUCUCCGCCGCACCGAGGAUCGCUUCGCAGUCGACUACACCACCGAAGAGGAAACCGCCUCGCCUCUCGAUGACGCCAACUUGCCCACCGGCCCCGCCGCCGACCAUCUGCGAUUCCCACGGGUCAAUGCGCUCAUCGUGCCCGACACCUCGAUGGCACUCCUCAGCGCCAACGCUCAGCGGCCCGAGUGUACGCCCGGCCUCGCAGGCGUCGGCGCCGCCUGGUCCAGGCGAGGCUCGCAGCAGUCUGCGCUCGCAGCUCCGUUUGCGCCCGUCGUCAUCAAGUCGGCCGCAGCCGCUCAGCACAUCCCCAAGAUCAUCGAGCCCAACCGAGCAUCCAUGCUGCCUUUCCCCGCCUUGGAGGGCGACAAGCGCACCCGGCUCGUGGGCAGUGUCGGGCGCUGGCUCGGCCAGGUCUCCGAGGCGGGGGAGAUCGCCGACCCCUACACUGCGCUCUCGCCUCGCCCCGAUCGCAAGCUCACCAAGAACGGCAGCUUGCGCAGCACCUAUACCUCGACCACGCUCGCCGACUCGGCGGCAUCCAACUCGGAGACCCAGGUGGACGCAACCAGCACCGAAGCCUCGGGCAGGGCCGAGCGCCUGCUCCAGCGUGUGGACGCGGACCAGGCCGAACACGACCGCCAGCAGCGCCGUCUGCUCCGCAAGGCGCGCAUGUUUACGCCUGCUGCAAACGCACAAUCUGCCCCUGUAGAUGCAGACCGAGCUGCCGAGGACCAAACAGCGGCUGCCAACCUCAGCCGCGCUCCGAGCAUCCGUCCCCAGUUCUUUGCCACCACCGACCUCAAGAGCUGGCUCGAGCCGAGCAAGGUCUCCACCACGCACGGCUUCAAGGUGCUGGAAGAGCAGGAUGCGGCCAGCAGCGUGGCGGCCGAUCCCUUUGCGUCCGACGCCGAGUUGCCGCGGGCUGCAACGAGGAAGCUGAACAAGUACGCCUCGUACGACUCGCUGGCCUCGGAUGCGCGUGUUCCCAAGGCCAAGCUGCGAUCGUCGGGCUCCAAGCAGAAUCUGCGCUCGCCCGUGACGGCGACUGCUCGCUCCGGCGCACGUGGCGCCAGCAAGCAGAAGCGCGAGACGCUGCGCUCCAUCAACACGCGCCUUGCCAAGAAGGCGAGCCAGGAGGCGCUGCCAUCUGCAUGCCAGAGCUCCGCUGGCAUCACGGUGGUGUCGUCUGUUUUUGACGAGGCGUUUGCAGCUGCCAACGCCAGGACGAGCGCGCCGAAAGCGCCACGUCGAUCGACGCAGGCUGCGGAGGAGGCCAAGGCGCGAGCCAAGGCCGAGGCGGAUGUGGCGAUGCGUGAUGCUUGGCGCCGACGCAGGAUGCUCUCCAUCAGCUCGCGCGGCAGCCAGCGCACUCGCUCGACGCUGCGCACGACCGAGCAGGGCAGUGCUGCGCUCAGCCGCCAGGAGAGCAUGCUCUCGGCGCCGAGCAUGUACUCGGAGCUCACCGCGCCGUCCGACUACCAGUUCCAAGCGCCGCUGCUUUCCGCCGCCGGAGGGGACGCAGCCCUCGCCGUUUGCGAGGAUAAGCUCGACGCUGAAAAGGCAGCCAAGAAGGCAGCCAAGAAGGCAGCCAAGAAGGAGGCCAAGAAGGCGGCCAAGAAGGAGACCAAGCGUGAGCAGAAGCGCGCAGAGCGCCAGCUGGCUCGAAACGCAGCGGCCGAGGCGGAGGCGCGCGCGCUUGCCCAGCAGAUGUCGGUGCGCCGCACGAUCCGCAAGCAGCGCUCGGCGUCGCUCGGUGCCGUGAGGACGCAGAUGGCGCUGGGGAACGCGGCUGCUGAUUCGCACGUGCCGGACUCGCCAUGGACGUCGAGCGACUCGGACAUCAGCGUGCGGCGAUGGGGCGAGGCGCGUGGCGAGGACGCCGUGCGGGUGCCUAGUGCCGCUUCCAUGGCAGCACGCCGACGAUGGGCGCCGCCCCAGCCGCGUGCCAUGAGCCACCACUACGGCAUGCGCAGCGACGAGCUGCGCGAUCUGUGCUAG